AUGAAAGAGUUGAACUUUGAUGUUAAUACUCUUGCGAGUGAACUAAGUGGGUAUUUAGAAAAACUAAUUGAUGAGCAGAAAUUUGCAUAUGAUCAAAUAAUGAGUGCUAUUAGCGCAAUAAGCCAAGAGGCAAUCGGAGAUGGAGAAUUGGGUGAUCCUGAUGAGGACGACGUUGAGCCCGAAACGAUUGAGGAUGAUAGCGGGGACGAGGUUCAAGCGGCUGGGCCUGCAUUGGCUGGCGGUGGUUCUAGCUCUGGCACACAGCAGUAUCCACCAUAUUUUUCUUCUCUGGACCUGGACGCCAUGAGGCAUGAGGGUGCGCUAGGUCACCCUGUUGGAUUCGGAGCUAGAGAUGCGGAAGGAAAUGCUGGUCUCACAGAGUUCCAGCGCAAGGGCAUUUGGGAGGUCAAACGGUACAAUGGCCCUCACACUUGCCUGGCCACAUCCAUAUCAAGUGAUCACAGAAGUUUGGAUCAUUCUGUGAUUUCGGCGUUCAUUAUGCCAAUGGUUAGGGCUGACGCAUCGGUUAGCAUCAAGGUGCUCCUGAACGCCACGGCAGCGCAUUUUGGUUUUAGGCCGACUUACAGGAGGGUUUGGAUGGCGAAGAAGAAGGCCGUUGGCCUCAUCUACGGUGACUGGGAUGAGUCAUACAGCGAGAUACCUAGGUGGGUGUUGGGUGUCCAGCUGACGAUGCCUGGUACUGUUGCGGUCCUCAGGACGAGCCCGGUUCUAGUUGGAGGACAAGUUGACGAGUCUCAAGCUUAUUUCCACAGACUUUUCUGGACUUUCCCUCCGUGCAUCGAGGCAUUCCGGCAUUGCAAGCCGCUAGACGGGAACUCCAACAUUUUACCUGUCGCAUUCGCACUAGUAGAGGGUGAGAAUGCGGAGUCGUGGACAUUCUUUCUCUCGCACCUUCGGCAGCACGUGACCCCGCAGCCCGGUCUGCUGGUUAUAUCGGAUAGGCACAACGGCAUCAAGUCUGCGCUUGAGGCCCCGGAUGGAGGUUGGUUACCACCAUCUGCGUACCGUGCAUUCUGCAUACGACACGUAGCGGCCAAUUUCGCCCUUACCUUCAAGGGCAAAGACGCUAGGAGGCUUCUCGUGAAUGCAGCGUACGCGAAGACUGAGGUUGAGUUUGAUUACUGGCUGGCCGAACUCUUUGUUCGCAAGGGGCGAGAGGCUGAGGCCCAGAUGGGCACCGGACAGCAGUUCAGUCAGCAUUUGGUGAAGUGUAUUGAGGCCAACUUGAAGACGGCCAGGUGCUUCACGGUGACGUUGUAUGACCGUGAUAACUCCGAGUUCACCGUAGCGGAGACCACUCCGACUGGUACUUUCUCAUUGGGUACUUACCGAGUAUCGCUUGCCUCCCGGACAUGUGACUGUGGGUACUUUCAGGCGCUUCAUUUCCCGUGUCAGCACGCACUUGCAUGCUGUGCCUACGCACGUGUGAGCUGGAGCUCCUAUGUUCAUAGCGUCUAUCAGAUUAGCUCGGUGUUCAAUGUCUAUCGGAUGGGAUUCACACCUCCAAUCCCGGAGGGAUUCUGGCCACCCUACGAUGGGCCCACGGUGAUUCCGGACCCAAACAGAAGGCGUGCGAGAGAGGGGAGGCCUAGAUCCACAAGGAUACGGACGAAUAUGGAUGAGGCAGAUCCAAACAGGCCAAAAAGGUGUGGCCUUUGUCGCCAACCCGGACACACUAGACGUAGAUGCCCACAGGUAGUAGGAUCGUCUCAGACAGGGCGAAAUUAG